GUUGCUACCGUUCUCAUGUGGAAUGUUAAGUCUUGUGAUCGGGCAGAAGGGAAGAUGCACAAAAUAUUAUUGUCCUGCAUUGCCUUACUCGUUCCUUAUGUACAAUGCUAUUGCACAUCAAGAACCUUGACUGCAUCAACCUGGGCAUCAACGAUAACACAAAAUAGCUAUGGUAGUAACGAAGAUUGCACUUUCACGAUUGUCCCGUCGCCGCAUAGUCAACAUCUCAGUCGAUCAAAUGACGCAUACUUUUUGGAAAUUUCUUGGUCCACAUUCAAUGUCAGAGGGGAUAUGCCUGACUGCAAAGCUUCAUACGUUGAAGUAUUUCUUACAAAAUCCUACAAGUCAAUUGGAAAAUUUUGCUCAAAGAACUUAAUAGAUUAUUCCUUGUUUACCAUGUACUCAUAUGAUGGAUAUGCAAAACUUAAAUUCCACUCAUCUGACAGUGGAAACAAUGGUUUCUCAGCACAGUACCGUCUACGAUCAAGCACUCUAAGUGGUUUUGGAGAUUGUAGUUCGCAAUACUUGUACAUGGAUUCAGAUAAUUUUUAUACUUCAGGCUGGCCUGAAAACUAUGAAAAGGAUGGCACUUGUACUUUUGAAAUAAGUGCCAGGGGAACCAAAAAACUUAUCUUUAUGGAUUUAGAUCUGAGAAAGGCCCCAAUAUUCGGCUGCAGCAGAUAUACUUCUGAUUAUAUUGAAAUACGAGGUGCUGAAUCAAGUAGUGUGGGCUAUGAUAGUGCUACAGUGCUGAAAGGCCCAAUUUGUGGUACCAGCAACGUUGUUACUUACACAACAAGCCAGAACACAGUGUAUGUUAAGUUAAAGCGAUAUGACUACUCAUCAAAUAAAAGAGGAAUUGUUGCUGGUUAUUUGACUUAUAAUGAAGGGCAAGACUCCUCCCAAGCAUUCGUCAUUACAGCCAUUAUAUCUGUGACAGUUGGCCUUAUACUGAUAAUUUCCAUUGCUUCUGUAAUUGCCUGCUGCAUAUGCAAACAUAACAGAAAAAAACAACAAGAAAGACAGCAUAUCUUUGCCACUGCUGGAGAAACAGUAGGUUAUGGCAAUGUGUGUCAUGUUGAGCCUCAUGGCUACAUGGGAGCUCCAGCGUAUACAAACUCCGAAAUGCCACCACCAUAUACUGAAGCUGUAUCAACACCUUAUCAACAAGCUCCAACUCAUGUGGACAGCCAACUGCCACCUGAAGUUAACCCUGCUAUGACACAUCUAAGUGAUUGCAUUUGUUCAUUGAAUCUUGGUCAUGUCAUAAUAUGGCUGAAUAUUUUCUUUUUCAUUAGAAAAAUUUUCUUACAGUUUAUUACUGGCUUCCUGAAUAACAAUAAAAUGCGUUUAAGCUUUCGAGGCUGCAUUGCUGUAUUCAACCAAGGCAUAGUGUUGCGAAGGGUUGGUAACCCUACAUGUCUCAGUCUAAUAAAUGAUGCUGGAAUUGAGUUAAGUUCGACUUUUGUUGUAAUCCCGUAAUCAGAAAGCAGGCCCGUAAUCAGAAUGACGAAAGAUUUUUGUUCCUGGGUUAGAUUACUUUGUCACAAUCUUAAAAUCAGUCCUUGCUCUCGCAAAUUCAUUAGAAAAAAUCUACAUGAUCAAGUUUAAUGAAACAUAUGUUAAAUGUGACCUUGUACAUUGACAGGACAUUUCUAAAUUAACUCUCACAGGCUCAGUGCUACAGUUUUGAGUUAUUUGUACUCUUCAUUCAAGGAUUAAUUAAAAGGAGAAAAUUUGUUAUUUAUAAGUUUUGUUGUUGUAAUGGUUGCUUUCUUUUUGUAAUAAAAAUGUUGAUUUUAGAAAAUAGAUUUUGUAUAAAUUUAUCAUAUAGAGUUAUUCGCAAAUUACACCAUAUAAAUGA